CACCUGGAGCAGGGACACGUCACUGGAGGGGGUAGCUUGUCGGACAAGACGGUUUAAAAAAACCCCAGCAUGUGAUCAGUUUCAGACGGAUGCGUGUGCAAAACCUUUUAUGAUCAUCAUUUCUACACGCGUCUUGGCGAUGUCGCCAGUAGCCUGUUGACAAACUGUUUUCUGCCGAUUUCAAUCGAUUGUGUUGCAGAUUGACUACUUUGGUCCAAGCUACGUGACGGCACAUCCGCCUACGUAUCAGCCGACCCCCGCGCGAAGGGAGUGGCGCUGACCUCGUGUGCAAUGCUGCGGGAGAGCCCAUCCGCAUGAGCAGAGAAUCGUGACACGCCGCUCAGCGCGACCCAAACGCGGAACUAGGAGCAGAUAAAGUGACAGCGGCGGUUUCGCUUAUCCAGCACACGCCCCUCGUCCCGGUCUGUGCGUCCUGGUUUCCCGCUGUCAGCACACUCGUGUUGAAUAAUGGUGUCAUGUCUGUCUCCGUGUGAGAAGAACUCUCGUGUGCGUCAUUAAAACAGCAGGACACGCCGAGUGCCUGCUCCGGCCUGAGGCAGCGUUGCGUCAGCCCGGUUUCUCACCUUGAGCAAGAAUGGCAUCCAGAAGCCGAUGUCUUCUGCAGCGAGUGUUCGGUGAACUCAGGGCUCACUCUGCUCGGUCCCGGAGCUCGGCCUGGACCUCGGGUCAAGGACGCGCACUGUGGAGACCUCAGCUCAGACAACUUCGCUGCUCACGCAGACUCUACAAGUCUGUCUCUCCCCUCACAGGUCCCAGCAGUUUGACACUCAGGAGUCACACCUGUGGGGAACUGAGAUCAGAUCACGUGGGAGACACAGUCACUCUGUGUGGCUGGGUCCAGUACCUCAGACAAGACCGCUUUGUCAUCUUGAGAGAUUUCAGUGGCUUGACACAAAUUUUAAUUCCUCAAGAAGAAUCUGCAGCUGAUUUGAAAGCGGUGCUGUGCGAUCUCACAGCUGAGUCUGUCAUCAAAGUUACAGGAACUGUCAGACGACGACCAGCAGGGCAGGAGAACAAGGGGAUGCCAACAGGAGAAAUAGAAGUCCUUGCUGAGGACGUCGAGGUUUUCAAUCUGUGCCGCAAACUGCCUUUUGAGAUUAAAGACUUUGUCAAAAAAUCGGAGUCUUUGCGAAUGCAGUAUCGCUACCUGGACCUGAGGUCUUCUCAGAUGCAGAAGAACCUCAGACUGAGAUCUCAGCUGGUGAUGAAGAUGAGAGAAUACCUCUGUAAUGUACACGGUUUUGUUGAUGUGGAAACUCCUACUUUGUUCAAAAGAACACCAGGGGGAGCCAAGGAGUUUGUGGUUCCUUCCAGAGAGCCGGGUCUGUUCUUUUCCCUACCCCAGAGUCCACAGCAGUUUAAACAGCUGCUGAUGGUGGCCGGUAUAGACAGGUACUUCCAGAUUGCUCGGUGCUACAGAGAUGAAGGCUCCAAACCAGACCGGCAGCCUGAAUUCACCCAGGUAGACAUGGAGAUGUCUUUUAUGGACCAGGCAGGUGUCAUGUCCCUAGUGGAGGGGUUGUUACAGCACUCCUGGCCUGCGGAGAAAGGUCCGAUUAAGGUUCCUUUCCAAACCAUGACGUAUGAAGAGGCCAUGAGGGACUACGGUGUGGACAAACCUGAUACUAGGUUCACUAUGAAGUUGAUUGACCUCAGUGAGGUUUUUGUAUCAACGGAAAUUGAAGUCCUCAGAUCAGCUCUCAGCCAUCCAGGAGGCUCCAUUCAGGCCAUCUGUGUCCCCAGUGGAGAGAAACUUUUCACUGGGAAAGAUUUGGCUGAACUGAAACAAAUAGCCAAGACUCAGUUUGGACAGGAGCUGAGCAUGGUGCUGGUCAGAGCAGACGGGACAUUGAAGUCUCCCCUGAAAAAGCUGCUGUCUGUCUCUUCCACAGAGGAGCUGCUGAACAGGACUGGAGCUGAACCAGGAGACCUGCUGCUGAUGGCAGCUGGUUCCCUCCACACUGUGCGCCCGUUGCUGGGUAAUCUUCGCCUGCGGUCUGCAGAGCUCCUGGAGUCUCACGGCGUUCCACUACGAGACCUUUCAGCCUUCCACUUGCUAUGGGUUGUGGACUUUCCUCUCUUCUUACCUAAAGAAGAUGAGCCGGAGCAGCUGGAGUCAGCCCACCAUCCAUUUACUGCUCCACUGCCAGAGGACACACAGUUACUCUACACAGAGCCACACAAGGUACGUGGUCAGCACUAUGACCUGGUGUUGAACGGCUGUGAGAUUGGAGGAGGAUCCAUCCGUAUCCACAAAGCCUCAGAGCAGCUUCAUGUCCUGAAGAAUAUCCUCAAGGAGGACCCCAGUCUCCUCUCUCACCUGCUGGAGGCUCUGGACUCAGGAGCGCCACCACAUGGAGGCAUUGCUUUGGGUUUGGACCGGCUGGUCUCCAUAAUUGUCAGGGCUCCAAGCAUUCGUGACGUUAUUGCCUUCCCUAAGUCAUUCCGGGGACAUGACAUUAUGAGCCGCGCCCCUGACUUGGUAUCUGAGGAGGAGCUGAUGCCUUACCACAUCUCUAUCAGAUGGCCAACAGAGCAAGGAGGAGAACAUCAGGGGAAGUGAGGAGAUUAAGAAGGAAGAGAUAAAGAGACAUCGGAGGAAGGGGUGAUGCCUCCCCAGAUCUCUGUAACCCUGACAAUAGAGGAAAGAGGAUGAUGACAAGCAGACAGAGAUGAGCAGACAACGAGCACUCUAUGAAAAACUUAGCUGGCCGGCAGAGACAAGAAGGAGGAGAGAAAUGAGGAGGAGGUGGUGUUGUGUCUGAAUCUCAGUACUGUUAAUUUGAAAUGGAAGAGAAAAGGGUGCUUGGAAACAGCCAUACCAUACAGUAUGGAAAUCUAAGAACACUGAGUUCAAGAAAGAAGAAAAGCUUACUGCAAGUCUCACUGAUAAUGAAAGACACUAUGAUGAUGUUUCCUCCCAGAGCAACACCUCAUAUAACCGUUGAUUCUCUAAUAAGAGCAAGUUUUCUAUAAAGGACAAUUUCUUCAAUUAAAAAUGUGUAAUGUUUUAAAGAAUUUCCCUCCCUUGCAUAAGCAGGGCUAUAACUGUAAUGAGUCUAAAGAGCUGUUUAUUUUGUAUUGAUUUCUAUCAUGUACUGGUCUAAAUGUUUCAGAGCAUGUUCCACCUUGACAAGAAUAAAACUGAAGAAAUGCUUCAAACCUGCAAUU